GCGCAGGCAGAAGGAGAGAGCGUGUGUGUUUUACUCAGAGUAAGUGGGGAGAGACACAGUGCCGCUCGACCAGCUCUUAUAUACCGGCUAUUUUUGGGCGCCUCCAUCCUGAACGCCGCUUCCUCCGCACGCACAAUUGGUCCAGCAGAAGAGUUUAUAAGGGAGGAGGUUUCACCUGCCACACACUUACUGUGCGCUUUGGACACUGCAGCAGCGCAGCUUUACUGGAAACAAAACUCUGGAUCAGACGUGCGUUUAAUUUCUCCACGAGAAGAGCGUUUUAUUUAACUCUCAGACAAGAAAUAAGAGUUUUUAAAGUAGAAAUUUGACGCUUUGGAAAAUGGCUUUACAUGGCACAAUGUUGCCAUCCAUUUCCACAUUCGCAGGACAGAAGGAGAAACUUUGGGAAAGUAGGUGGACUGUAGAAGUGGACAAGCCUCUGGCGUGCGCAGUACCGAGUGUGGAUGCGUGUCAUGCCAGAAAAGACGACGAGGAUCUGAGCGAUUUCUUGGAUCUGGAGUUUAUUCUGGCCAACACAACCGGUCCGGUGGACUAUAAUUCAGCUGUGGAGCACUGCAACAUGUACCAGCCAGGGAGCGCGUACGUGCCGCCACCACCGCCGCCUUACACCCACAGCCUUGUGGCGGAACUGUUGCACUCCGACGUGGACUCCACGUACGGCAUGAGCACAAACAGCAGCAACAGCAUCGGGAUUCAGGGGCGGUUUGUGGUGAACUCCGCGCCUUUCCCGAGACAGGAUUUCGUCGAGGGUAUCAAAGUUGAGCCAUGCACGGACGGCUACAGCCCCGUGUCGGGCAUGGUGCCACAGAGCUGCCACCGGAUCAAGCAGGAGGGCAACGUGUCGUGCGCGAUGUCAUUUGAUCAGCCGAGGCUCGCCGUCUCUCCGCAAACAGCAGGGAACAUGACACCGCCGCUCAGCCCGGACGACCAGGCGCGUUGUCACACGCAGAUCUGCCGCACCACUUUCCCGCAGAACGGCUACUACCCGAGCCACGGGCCCGUACCGCAGCAGCAUCAGCAGCAACACCAGCAUCAGCAGGUGCCACUGGCUUACCCGGGAGCGCGUGCAUACGCUGGCAUGUUCGAUGACGGCCUCGGAAUGGUGCAACCCGGUGCGCCACGCGCGCUCCUCACACCGCCGUCCUCGCCGCUCGACCUACUCGAGUCCAAGCCGAAGCGCGGGCGACGAACCUGGCCGAGGAAGCGCGCAGCCACGCACACCUGCACGUUCGCCGGAUGUGGCAAGACGUACACCAAGAGCUCGCACCUCAAAGCGCAUCACCGAACUCAUACCGGUGAGAAGCCCUACCACUGCAACUGGGAAGGCUGCGGCUGGAAGUUUGCCCGCUCCGACGAGCUCACGCGUCACUUCCGCAAGCACACCGGGCACCGACCCUUCCAGUGCCACCUGUGCGAGCGCGCCUUCUCCCGCUCCGACCAUCUGGCGCUGCACAUGAAGAGGCACAUGUGAGAAACUCACAGAAGACAAUCGGCAAACAAAGCCAAAGCCUUAUUACAGCCUUAUUUAAGUCCUUUGUACAAGACCAAAAGACUGUUUUUUCGGUUGAUAAAGAUUUCUAUUGUUCUUUAUACUUUUAUAACAAUGUAGCUGGUACUACGUGGGAUUUCUAGAGCAGGCAGUUCAGACCUGCAUAAGUGUUUUGGGGACAAACAGCAACCUGCAGGGCUGGUCCUAUAAUAUAUUAAAUGUCUCAGUAUCUCUCUAUAUAGCCAUGUUGAAACUGGAAACAAAGAGUAAGUGUAAAACGGUGCCUUGAUAGUGAAGAAUUUAGCACGUGUGCUGUGCUGCCAGGGUUGUGCAAAACGUGACAUCCUGAAAUCAUGCUUGAUGACAAUGUUUUCCUCUUGAAACUGCCUCCAAAUUGUUCUAAUGCCCAGAACUGUGCGUUGAUAUAGUGUUUGAUACAUUUUCAGCCAUUUGCCUUUCAUGGAAGUAGGAUAUUUUCUUGAAGUUGUAUCAUGAAGGUACAAUAACUUGUUGAAGCCCCAUUGUUCAUUAGCACAUACACCAGAGCUCGACGCUCUGCAUUAUUUGUUUAUUAUUAUUUUUUUUUAGAAUGUGUACAGAAGUUUUAUAUUGUAAGUAUUGUAUUUAUUGUACAUAUUAAACUAAAUUUGAAUAUA